GGCCACUAGAUGGCGGACGAGCGCGCUUUGACAGAUGGGCGUGCUCAAAGGAGACGCUGAUCUGCAGUCAUCAUCACUGGCGACAUCAUCUGCUAUUUUACAGGACUAAACAUUACCUUGGAUUAAGAAUACGUAUAUGUUAACACAUAGAAAAAUAUACCGAUACUCACUCAUCUGUUUGACCCACGCAGCUUAAAUCCUUAGCGGUCUGAAGGAGGAUCAGUAAACAUGUUCUACACCUGUGGUCCCAACGAGGCUAUGGUGGUGUCAGGGAUCUGCCGUUCUCCCCCGCUGAUGAUAGCCGGAGGCCGAGUGUUCGUCAUCCCGUGCAUACAGCAGAUCCAGAGGAUCUCCCUGAACACUCUGACUCUGAAUGUGAAGAGCGAUAAGGUCUACACCCGCCACGGAGUCCCCAUCUCUGUGACUGGCAUCGCUCAGAUGAAAAUCCAGGGCCAGAACAAACAGAUGUUGGCUGCAGCCUGCCAGAUGUUCAUGGGGAAGUCGGAGCCUGAGAUCGCUCAGAUCGCUUUGGAGACUUUGGAGGGACACCAGAGAGCCAUCAUUGCCCACUUGACUGUGGAGGAGAUCUAUAAGGACCGUAAAAAGUUCUCAGAGCAGGUUUUUAAGGUGGCUUCCUCAGACCUGGUCAACAUGGGGAUCAGCGUCGUCAGCUACACCCUCAAAGAUGUUCACGACGACCAGGAUUACCUCCACUCGCUGGGAAAGGCCCGGACGGCCCAGGUGCAGAAAGACGCUCGCAUCGGGGAGGCUCAGUACAAGAGAGAUUCUGUGAUCAGGGAGGCCCAUGCCAUGCAGGUGAAGAUAUCUGCCCAGUACAGGAACGAGAUCGACAUGGCAAAGGCCCAGAGAGACUACGAGCUGAAGAAAGCAGCCUACGACAUUGAAGUGUACACCAAGAAGGCGGAGUCUGAGAUGGCGUACCAGCUGCAGGUGCCGGGGGGGCCGAACAGGAGGCGGCCGGCUUCAGACAGCAUUGGUCCACAGUGGCCAUCAGGAACGCAUUUGGAUGGUCUAAUCUGUGGUUUCCAUGGGCAGGUGGCCAAGACCAAGCAGCGCAUUGAGGAGGAGAAGAUGCAGGUGCAGGUGGUGGAGCGCACGCAGCAGAUCAUGCUGCAGGAGCAGGAGAUCACCCGCAGGGAGAAGGAGCUGGAGGCCAAAGUGAAGAAACCAGCCGAGGCCGAGCGCUACCGGCUGGAGAAGCUGGCUGAGGCUCAGCGUCUGAAGAUGAUCAUGGAGGCGGAGGCUGAAGCCGAGUCCAUAAGGGUUAAAGGUGAGGCCGAGGCCUUCGCCGUGGAGGCCAAAGGUCGUGCAGAGGCAGAGCAGAUGGCGAAGAAGGCGGAGGCCUUCCAGCAGUACAAGGAAGGCGCCAUGGUGGACAUGCUGCUGGAGAAGCUUCCUCUGAUGGCCGAGGAGAUCAGCAGGCCUCUGUGUGAAGCCAAUAAAGUCACCAUGGUGUCCAGUGGAGGCGGCGAGGUGGGCGCGGCCAAGCUGUCCGGCGAGGUGCUGGACAUCAUGACCCGCCUGCCUGAGGCAGUGGAGAAACUGACCGGGAUCAACAUCUCCCAGGUGUCCUCUCGUACAGGCUGAGCUGGCAGAUCUGCUCUCCCGCUGUCUCCCCACCCGGAUCCCCGUCUCUCCUCCCUGAGAUCCCCGGCCGCUUUGUGAUGUUUCUGUGCUGUAAAGAUGGUCACCCGCCUUCCUCUGGGCUUCAGUUUCAGCUGUUGUUCUAAGUAGAAAUAUCCAAAAUGGUGCUGAAUUCAAAGCCCUGUAAAUUAUUUGAUCAUUUCUGUCUGGUGACUUCUUCUGUAAUCUGACCACAUUUAAAACUAACUGUUUUGUAUCUUGUGUUUUUCGUAGAUUUUUGUCCUCCUCUCUUUGCGUCUGAGACCCCCCCCCCCCAUGUUUGAUGUCUCUUUCAUAACUGCCUGUGUGCACUGCCUUGCUGCCAAACCUUAAGUGCAUCUUAGCAUGAGCGUGUAAUAGAUACAUACAUCAAAAACCUUCAUUCACUAACACUUCUGACAUUUGGCUGAAAGUGUUCUCAACAGAUCAAUUUUUUUGGUCCUGUUCCUCCAGAUGUGGCAGGUGGUUACGAUUUAACAGGUAACAGAAAUUGUUCUGAUGUCACCUGUAAGCGCCUGGCAUCUCUGUUGCCGUUUUCUUUUGUUAUUGGUGACAUAUAUUUUUAGGGGUACAGCUACUCAAGGAUUAAGUCACCAUUUAUAUUUAUAUACAUCUUCAGUGUUGUCUUUCCCCACUUCAGGUUCCUUAUCCUGCAUCAGUCAAUCAGCUUUUCAGUGUUUUAGAUUUCUGUUAUUUGACCCCUGCUGUGACUUUUUUUCUUUUAAAAAGUUCUUGUCAAGUAGAGGCUUAUGAAUUGUAUUUAUUUAUUAACUGGUAACCUCAUCUUACAUCUAUACAGACAAACAUGCAUUCGAUUUUAAAUGUCAGAGUCCAAGCUGAAAGUCACUCAGCCAGAGGUGUUGACCCCCCCCCCCUCAAAAAUUUUAGUGGCUUUCAGCUCUUUUCUUCACACUGUUGAUGUUUACAGACGUUCUGUGGAGCUGUACACCAUGUAGCUGCUUCGGGGGUAAAGCAGAGCCGCUGGCAUCUGUCUUGGUGAUAAGGAAAAGAAAUUGUUAAUAUUGAACCUUGUGCUGGAUUAAAUUAUUUGAGAUGCCAGUUUAUGCUGCAGGGGCAUAAAUGCCAAAAACAAUCGCCUUCAUCAGAAUUCUUGGAGAAUUUUCUUAUUUUUUCCUCUCUCUUGAUCAUUCUUACUGAAAUAUAAACUAUAUUGUUUUUUCAUUUACAUAAAUGUAAUAAACAUAAUUGUGAAGCAGCUCAGUGUUUGGGAGCAGAAACCUCUGAAUGCCGCUAUCACCCAUAAUUAUUCUGCUAAUGUUUGUGGGCUCUGAAGUGUUUCUGCUUUCACUAUAAAGUGUCCCAACUUGCCUUAAGUAAGAAGUCAUGCUGUUAGCCUCUACCUCGCCUCUUUGGCUGUCUAUCUUAAAAUCAAAGUAAUUUUUUUAAGUAUUAUUUUGCAUCAAAUAAGAUGAAAAUAUCUACCCUUUUCAUUGUUUUAACAGUAGUAAUUUGGUCUUCUUAUUUAUUGACAGCUCAGAAUUUAUUUUAAAGAUGACGUUGUCUUUUUCCUUUGUGAUACCCAUCAUUCGCUGUCUUUUCUGUGAAAUCAGGUUACAGUCGGGCCAAAUGUGCUGAAAGUACUCUUCAAUAUACAUUCACUUGUAUUUGAUGAUUAACACUACUGUCGUUAUGCAUGUAUAAGUACCUAUUACACUUGAAUUGUAACAUUAUCGUGCAGAAAUCAUAUGUCUGACACAGUAGGCAGGUGUCACUCUGGAGUUACCAAAGUAGGUGAUAACUUGUUGGAUGGUUUGUUCGCAAUUACAGGAAAGCAGCUCUGCAAGUUGAAUCGAUGUAAUUAUGCAGUGUAAAUUUGAUAUUUGACACAGUAGCUGAGUAGCACUGUUUGUUUAAAAAGUCAACACUGACAACUCCACAGUAGUUCUCAAAGGGAAGCUUCUGUGUGUUAUGUAGAAAAACAUAUUUUAGCUUCUGCUGUACUAUAUUGAUGAAGUUCUGCCUAAAUAAACGUUUAUUGCAUUUAAGUUAUUCAUAGGGCAUUUCAAGAAAUUUGUGUUGAAGCAAAAUGUUACUCUGCACUUCUGUACAAGAUAUACUUAUUACAGUUUAAAAGGAAAAGAUUGUCUUUGCUGUUUCUGAAGGCCGAAUAUCAUUCUGCUGGAUGGUGUUGAGUUUACACAUCAAAUUCUUUGCAUGUUUUUGUUGUAUUUUUAUGGGUUUUAUUUAUUUGAUUGUACUAGAUACAUUUUGUCUACAGUGCGGUCAAGAUAAUUAUUUUUCAAGGACAUUUUUUCUGUCAUUAUUUAUUCAUACAUAAACAUCCUUUUGUUGAUUUGAGACUGAAGUUAUUUGAGGUUAAAAGAAUGCAUAUAUAAAACAAUUAAAACAGUAAAUUGCAACGUUUGGCUUUUAAUAAAAAGUAGUGCCAACAAUGUAGCAUCCAGUUUGAGGAAAAUGACUCAUAAUGCUGUAAAUUGUGUAUUUGAUGAUGGUUGGAGUCCCACACCGUUAAUCAAUAAACCGGAAACACAAUGCUAACCUCGGUAAUCGUGUCAAAUUAAAGGAAGAUGUUCAACCCAGAAAAGGACGCAUGUGGAUUUUGUAUUCAGAAUA